GUCCCGACCUUCCUCGCUGAGCUAAGCAUCAUCCUGAGGGCGGCGCUGAGUCUGGGAGUUUUCCCCAAGUGCUGGAAAUCAGGCCUAUUGGUGGCCAUACCCAAGGCGGGAAGACAGUUCCCCGAUGGGGACAACCGCCUCAAGCGAGUGCGCCCGAUAACUCUCCUGAGGACCGGGGGGAAAAUCCUAGAGAAGCCCAUAGUGGCCCA